AUGUCGGUCACAAUCGACAGAGGGUUGGUCUCCAACACCAAACGCGUCCAUGGGGUCCAUCCGGUCUUCCUUAUCGAGAAAAUAUUGCGCGAGCGAAUCCUCGACAGUCAGUAUUGGAAGCGAGAAUGCCAACAUGCGGAUCUUUUAGUGGUAUUGGAUCGCGCGGUUGAGGUUGAUCAGAUUGGUACUUAUGCAAACUCGGGCCGCACUUUGCCCACACCGUUCAUUUGUCUGUUGCUUCGGUUGCUCCAAAUCCAACCGUCAACCGAAAUUAUCGACCAUUUGCUCGUUCAGCCUGAUUUUGUCUAUCUGAGUGCUCUGGCCGCAUUGUACAUCAGAAUAACCAGCACUUCAGUGGAGGUUUAUCAGAAAUUAGAACCGCUGCUCGCUGAUUACCGCGAGCUUCAAAUUUUGGAGUCUCAAACCGCUAAAACAACGUAUCUCGACGAGUACGUCGACGGUCUUCUCCAAGGGAACAAAUUCUGCGACAUGAUUCUUCCUCGUCUGGUGGAUAGACUCGUUCUAGAAGACCAGGAUCUUCUUGAACCUCGUCAUAGCGUUCUCGAAGAAGAAUAUGACAAGCUCACGGAGGAAGAACGGGCCGCCUUGUAA